UCAAUGGAUGAGCAGGGAUACGCCAGGACGCGUCUAAUUUUUUUUUUUGGGCUCCUGUUCUUUUUCCAGGCGUUUGCUCCCUGGAAUGGGUCCUAUUCUGAGCCGCUCAUUCAAGGGCUGCUGGGCUGCUGGGCUGCUGCUCCUGCUGCUGCUGCUGCUGCGUGCAUAGGGUGUGGCUUCGGAUAGCAAUCACUGCUCUGUUUUUAGUAGUGUGUAUACUUCUCCA